UGUGACGGAUGUGCGAAACUGUGUCGAGGUUUCCGUUUCAAACGCGAAUUCCUAGAAGGUAAUUAUGCGGAAUAGAAGACAAAGUGGGGUGUCGCGAGUGAAUAGGGUGACUAGGCGUUGCUCUUUCGUGGACAAGGUGCCCUAGGGUUCCCUAGACAUGGCUCGGUGUCUGUCGUGAGUCGUGAUCCGCAAAGUGACAAAGUUUGGGACAAAUCCAACGGAUUCGUUGGAACACCGGCCAGAUCCCUGUCGAUACGAUUUGUCCACGACAUGGAGGGGGAUCUGAUCACCUCUUGGACCGGCAACCUGACCGCGAUGUUGCACCACCUGCCCUGUAACGACAGCUUCCUCGGAUGCGUGGAGGAGUGUGGAUUCGCCUCGUCGGGAUUCGACCACGUGUGCACGGUCGAGAAGGGAACCUUGGCUUCGUCGAUGACUCUGCUCUGCAGGCCCUGCGAUUACUCCAACUGCGACGUGAACGUGUCCCUGGUCCUCAGCGGACUCGAGAGCAUAGAGGGCGUUUUCCUGUCGAGGUUGUCGAGGUUCAACGAGUGCAACGAGACCGAUUUUGGCGAUCAGAUUUUGGAGUGCACGGCGACGGAGAACGCGACGACGGAAGACCUGACCGUCUCUUGUUCGCACAGGACGAAGUUGAGCUCGGCUGGGAGCAGAGGCCGACGUCUCGACUGGAACUUUCUCUUCGUCGCUGUGUUUAUCGUGGCGGGUGGCCUGGGGAACAUACUCGUCUGCCUCGCAGUGGGGCUCGACAAAAGGCUGCACAACGUCACCAAUUACUUCCUUUUGUCUCUCGCGGUGGCCGAUUUACUCGUCAGCCUGUUCGUCAUGCCUCUAGGCGCGAUCCCUGGCUUCUUGGGAUACUGGCCAUUCGGAGUGGUGUGGUGUAACGUGUACGUGACGUGCGAUGUGCUGGCCUGUUCCGCGAGCAUAAUGCACAUGUGCUUCAUCUCGUUGGGCCGGUAUCUCGGCAUCCGGAAUCCUUUGCGGACGAGGCACACGUCCACCAAACGGAUGGUCGGCUUCAAGAUAGCGGCUGUGUGGUUGCUCGCCAUGUUGGUCUCCAGCUCGAUCACGGUUCUGGGCAUAAUAAAUCCUCUGAAUAUUAUGCCACGGCCGGGAGCAUGCGUGAUCAACAACAGAGCGUUUUUCGUGUUCGGCUCUCUGAUCGCCUUCUACAUACCCAUGAUCGUCAUGGUAGCCACUUACAUUCUGACGGUGCAGCUGCUCAGGCAAAAAGCUCGUUUCAUCGCGGAACAUCCCGAACGAGAUCAGUUUCGAAGGCUGGGAGGCAGAUACUUCUCGACCAAGGCCUCUUCCACCGCCACUUCGACCGUGGAAACCGCCACCCCUUCGUCAUCGCGGUACACGUGGAGGACUUCCGGCGGUGUCGGAAGCGACAGUUUAACCAAAUUAAACGCGGAGGCUCUGUACCGUCGCAAACAUAACAGGUGCAGGGGGGCAAGGUCGGCCGCAAAGUCUCAACCGCAGUUGAAUUUCGCCGUGAACGGGGCGAGUAACCCGGCCGGAAGCGGAACGACGAGACUGGCGACGAAAGUGGAUCAAGCGACCCAAACGCCUGAGAAUAUCGCCCGUGAAACAAGGAAUUUCACUCUGAAGGCUUUGAAGCUCCAAUUAAACGUCACUCCGAACACCCUGAAUCUCAGGUUUCUCCCCGGUAGAACGAAGAGGAGAUCGUUGGCCGCGAACGCCGUUGCAACGGAGCAGAAAGCCAGCAAGGUGUUGGGCCUGGUUUUCUUCAUGUUCGUGCUCUGCUGGGCCCCGUUCUUUCUCUUGAACAUAUUCUUCGCCGCGUGUCCCGAGUGCUCGGUGCCUGUACACGUGGUCAACGUAUGCCUGUGGCUCGGCUACGUGUCCUCCACGAUCAAUCCGGUCAUCUACACCAUCUUCAAUAGAACGUUCAGGGCUGCGUUCAUCAGAUUGUUGAAGUGCAAGUGUUCCAGGUCAGCAAGGCCGAGACAUCGUUCGGUGACGGAAAGUGGACGAAACGCGAUGAGCCUGUGCACCCCGACCGCGCUGCCAUUGGUCAUUAGUCUUCAGGGUACGCCGUUGUUGACGCCAACACCGAAUCCGACGGCCACGCCUGCCUCGGCAACCUCCUACGUGACGAUGAUGCAUCGCACGCCAACCUCCCUUUACCGUGACGCUUUUCAUCAACAGGAGCACGAUCAGAAUUGUUGAGGAGAACAAAAGUGUCCCUCCUCCCGGGGAUGCGAGAUCGAUCACGGGUGGAACGCUCCACGAUUCCUCGUAUCGAGGGGAUUUCUGUUCCUUUUUUUCUUCUUUUUUUUUUCCAUCUUUGUGAAAAAAUUAUCGAUGGAUUUCGUUAUGCGAAUUCUGAUUCGAGAAAUCGGGGAAGUAUGUACAAAAGUUUUCCAACUAGAAAUUAUUAUUCCCCCUUAUUUACGCGAGAAGAGAUGAAAUGAAAUUAAAAAUCCUUCGAAUAUAUGGAUAUAUAUAUGGAAUAUGGAUGCGUAAUGGAGAGAAAUCGAGUAACUCGAGAGAAUGUUUGACAUUGAUCUAAAAAUACCUGCCGCACAAUUUUUGCCUCUGUGUCUUUUCAUGCUCAAUCGUGGUAGAGGAAGAACAGCAAAGAAUCCCGAGAAGAAAUAUAUAUAUAUAUAUAUAAAUAUGUAAAUGUGAUAAAACAUUUUGUAUUGUCGUUUACUUUCUUCUGGAUAUUUUCCAGACGAUGCAAAGAUCGUUGAUCCAAGUGUUUCAUCGAACCAAAGAUUAUUCAUAAGUGGAAACGUACCUUUUAGAGAGAAGUGGAGUAACGAAUUAGAAGUAAAAAAUUGCAUGGAAUAAAGAAUAGCGCGUCGAUUCCAUCGUAAUGAUCGCGCGGACGAUCAUUUUUCAUCGAUCUUGUAUCUCUUCUUCUUUUUUUUUUUUUUCUUUUUUCUCCGAUACGUGUCGAUUAAAACGCACUAUCGUCUGUGAUACCGAUGGAAAAAAUAUUUCUUCGUUCCACCGCGGAUAUCGAGAUUAUUCCGUUCAGUAGAAGAGAGAUUCGAUAAAUAAAACAAUCAAGAAGAAAUUAAAUAAUAAAGAAUAGAAUCUUAUUUACCUAUAGAAUUUUCUCGAUUUUAAAUCCAUCGAUCGACGAAAUUCCCACACUUUCCAGCCAGGAAGAAAGAAAAAAAAAAAAAAAUGUCAUUCCUACUUUACCUUCAUUUGUACUAACUUUUAUUUGACAAAUAAAAAGUAUCCAUUACAAAUAAUUGUAAACUGUAUAUCUUAUAUAAUACACACAUCGUGAUACGAGCGAGAUUACGAUUCUCUCUCUCUCUUUCUCUCUUACCCAUUCUCUCAUGCAUACAUUUUUCAUCUUAAUUGUACACGCACACCACUUUCUCCCUCUCUUUCUCUCUCUCUCUCUCUCUUUCUGUCUCGAUUUUCUUUUUCUUCUUUUCCUCGGCCGAUUCACAAUUACUGGAACUUUCUUCCAUCUGUGUCUUCCCUCGACACGCGUUCGCACAAACAAACACACACAGAGACACACACGCUAAACACACCAAUUUCUCUCCCUCUCACGCAUUUCGUGUGUGUAUAUGUAUGUAUAUGUAUUUAUGUAUGUUUCUCUGUUUUGUUGCCUGUUUCUCGUGUGUUAUUCUUAUUACAUAAAUCGAUCUCGGA